AUGAGUUUCAAUAAAGUUUCGCGUUUUGAACCAUCAUGGCGGCGUACACUGUCCCUGCAGCUGUCAGAUGCUCAGUAAAUGUUUUAUUAAGAGACACUGUUCUGACCUCUAAGAUAAUUUGCCGACUGUCAGUCAUCUGCAACGGAAAAGGUUACACCAGUUGGAGGACAUGCAGUUCAACCGCAUCAUCCUGCUCCUCUCCUGCAGCAGAUAUCAGUGCCCUCAGUGGACACUAUGAUCGCCUGGUUCAGUCUGGCUUUCUGAGGAAAGAUGCUGAGCAAGGAAAAGUUCUCAGGCAGCUGGGUCAGCUGCAGCACACCCUGAAGAACUACAGUAACAGCGUGUACUUGAACCCACCUCCACCGAGGCUUGACUCUAAAGAUGACAGCAGUCAGCUUCCAAAACAUAAAGAGCCCCACGUCACAACAGCUGGAAACAAAUGUGGAGGCUCUGCUGCCGAGGAGGAACCAGCUCCACCACCACCUCCGCCUCCACCCCCACCCAAAGGCUUCUAUAUCUAUGGAGAUGUUGGCACAGGGAAGACCAUGCUCAUGGAUAUGUUUUACUCCCGGGUGGAAAACACUCAUAAAAAGAGAGUCCACUUCAACGGCUUCAUGUUGGACAUCCACAAAAGGAUCCAUCGGAGGAAACAAAGCCUGCCAAAACGAAAGCUAGGGAAAAUGUUCACCUAUGACCCCAUAUCGCCGGUUGCCAUGGAGAUCAGCAAUGAAACCUGCCUCUUGUGUUUUGACGAGUUUCAGGUGACAGACAUUGCUGACGCCAUGAUCCUGAAGCAGCUGUUCGAGACGCUGUUCAAGACUGGAGUGGUGGUGGUGGCCACGUCCAACAGAGCCCCUGAUGAUCUGUACAAAAACGGACUUCAGAGGGACACCUUCCUACCUUUCAUCGACGUGCUGAAGGAGUACUGCCACACCAUGUGCCUAGAUGCUGGGAUUGACUACAGGAGGCUGGACAGCGCUGCAGCAUGGAAACUCUACUAUCUCUCAGGGGAGCCUGGUGCGGAGACCUUCUUGGAUGCGCUUUUCGAGGAGCUGGCCUUAAGUCAAAAGAGUGUUACCGGCCCUAGGACGCUCACAGUGCUGGGCAGAGACGUCACUCUGGCAAAGACCUGUGGCUCCAUCGCCGACUGUACUUUUGAUGAGCUGUGUGGCAGACCUCUUGGUGCCAGUGACUACCUGGAAAUAGCACAGCACUUUGACACCGUAUUCAUCCGCCAUGUUCCCGUCCUGACUCUGACCCUCAAGGACCAGGCCAGACGCUUCACCACCCUCAUAGACAACUUCUACGACAACAAGGUGAGAGUGGUUCUGCUGGCGGCCUCUCCUUUGGACCGGUUGUUUGUCCACACAGGAGGGGACAAUGAGAGGGACAGACAACUGCUGGAUGACCUCGGCCUCAGCGGGGACGCAGCGGAGCACCUGACUCUGUUCACAGCCGAGGAGGAGAUCUUUGCCUCCCAGAGGACCGUCUCCAGACUGAUGGAGAUGCAGACGGAGUCAUACUGGAUGAGAGGAGACCGCAGUCACAGCAAGAAACACACCAACACCUGACAUCCACUCCUGGCUGCCUGACAGUCAUAUAUACCUCCAGACAACACAGUACCUCACCGACUACUGACACUACGCAAGAGGAGGUCCUGUUUAAUAACAGAAAAGGCCCCAGUAUAUGCAGGAAGCAGCAAAGUAAAUAUAUAACAAAACUAGAUUUGAUCAGACUUCCCUUCAUCUUAUGCACCUGUUACCCCAUUUUACUGUUCGGUCCUCUUCUCAGAGGUGUGCUCUCUCCCCCUUGUGGACUGUUUAUUUUUAAGAAUAUGAAAACCUCUCCAACAUGUGUGAACCACAAGGCAAACAGGUGCUCACUUCAGGGAGAGGAGAGGAGCCAAGUGUCCGUCAGAGUAGUUGGCUACUGCCCUCUAGUGGGUGAAUGACAGAAAGGUCAAAUAUUCUCAGUGAAACAAUAUCUGUCUCUGUGCAGCUUUGAAUGAAACAUUUACUAUAUAAAGCCUGGUAUCAAUUUCAAAUGAUUUUCAUGAUGUAAUUCCAUCCAUGAAGGUCAGCAGCUGUUAGAUUAUCAUUGAUGUAUUCCAGGUUUGGAUUCUUAAUCAAGAAGAAGUUGUCUUGAUUUUGAUGGUUUGACUACUGUUUUUUUUUUUUUUUUUUUUUUAACUGUACUACCUGAGAGGGGAAAUGUGUCUUGCAUUAUUACAGUGAUUAUCAUACACAACUUCAAGCUGGAAACUGCAGUAAAACUAAUAAAAUAUAAUAAAAUUGUUAAA